AUGGAUAAAAUCGAAAUGAGUUUGGAUGAAAUCAUCAAGACGCAGAAAACACAUAAAGGUAAAAAUCCUCGCAAAGAUGUUGAAAAGUCAACUGGUACCAAUGGGACGUCAAAAAAACGCAAACAAAAUGGCACCAACAAAAAACCACAAAAAGGUAAUCGGAACAGUCUCGACAAACCAUCGCAGAAACGUACUGCGAACCUACAAGGACAACGAAACAGUGGUGUUGGAAAGAAGUUCCGAAAGAACACCGCACCGCCAAGGGAUGGCGGAGGUGUCCAGAAAGGGGGCAAUCGAGGAGGAAUCCAACGUCCGAAGAAAGCACGCUAUAAUGUAAAUGCUCCGAAACUCGAACUGUUUACCGCCGGUUACAAAAAUGCGACCGAAGGUAGCACCAAAAUGGUGGUGUCAAAUCUGGACCAAGGUGUGUCGGACUCGGAUAUGAUCGAACUCUUCUCGGAAUGUGGACCCCUCGAGGGCGCCACGGUUCACUACGAUCGGAACGGAGUGUCUUUGGGGACGGCUGACGUGAUAUUCGGGCGACGGGUCGACGCAGUGAAAGCGAUGAAACAGUUCAACGGGAUCCGUCUCGAUGGUCGACCGAUGAAUAUACAGCUAGCAGGUCCGGUGGUCACACCAACGAGGACGGUGAAUGCAGCAUUAUCGCAUGUAGAGCGACCACGGGAGAGACUGCCACAACGUCGUGGGCAUGAUUCUAACAUGCGGGCGGUAUCGCCGAAGGUGCGGAGCCAGCAAACACACCGAGAUUUUCGGGAUCGAAGUUUUGACAGGACGAGAGCCAACGGCCAGAAUCGUCGCGAGCAUCAAAGACCAGGGGCUAAUCAAAAUCGUCGUGUGAGUGGUGGAAACAGCGGUCGUCGACGCUGA